AUGGACCAGCUGACCCCAUUAGUACGCGGAUAUAAAACAUUUUUUUGUUUCGUGCAAAUAAAAGAUGUUAUUUUCCCGAAAAUUCCAAAAAGUACGCUGAGAUCCUGGAUGAAGGAUAUCAAUAUUUCGUCCGUCCCUGCUUAUCCUGAAGAAAGAGAUUACCUGAAAUUAGUAAUUCCGAACUUAUCCGGGGCGUUUGGUUUGCUUGAAGAAAGGGAUCUCACCAAACUACUUCAGCUAAAGGACAGAAAGGAACUAAAGACGAAACAACGUUUCUCAACGUCCACUCCGGCAAAAGGUACGCAUUUUACAACUUUCGCUGCCGAUGUAAAAAUUACGAAAAUUAAUUUCAGAACACCGAUUCCGUGUGGGUUGUUUCAACCAAUAUGUACUUACAAUGCAGUUCGCCUGUUGAAUUGUAUCCAAACCUCCUGUCAUUCUUCAUUAGAUGCAAAGUCUGUUUCGCUGGUUGCAGAAUAUUCUGAUGCUACAUCUGAGGACGAGUGCGCGGCCACCUCUGAACCACCUCUAAAGAAACGUAAAUAUCCGUCGUUCACAGGUAAUAACUUUACUAUUCCUUCAAUUAUUACAAUCUACUAGGAGGUGCAUUCAGCACAGUUCCUUUGAACGAGCACUGGCAAUUGGAAAUGUUUGACUUGAAAGAAACCUGGAUUGAAACACCGGCUGUGCCCUAUACUGGAUUUAACAAAGACCUAUUUUUUUAUUAGAUUUGGAAAAUAGUCCGUGCAAAAGUGACAAGUCCCACGAUCUUAGCUCAGAUGUAUGGCAAGUUUUAGGUAAGUAAACAGCUCGAAUCUUCAUUUCUGAUGCCAGAUUGCAAGUGCGUACUGCGAUACUCCAUUUUACAGCAAUACUCAGCUUAAUCUUUUUGUCUGCCGUAGGCGACAUUGGAGAGACAGACCAUCGUUCGCACGAGGAAUCUUCAAACAAUUCAGCUGGAGUGCAUACACGUAAGUAAAUGACUUGUUAUUUGAAGCCACGUGUAAAAUGUAAAGUACGUAUAGAAAUUGAUUGUACAUUAUUCAUUUUUUAUCAGAUGCUACCUCGGGUGGUCAUCGUGAAUUACAGCAACCGACAACUCCAUUAGGUAAGUUUGUCUAAAUAGCUUGAAUCUCAAACGUCUCGAGAGUGGAUGCGAAAUGAAGUCAUAGCUUGAAUCUCUAUUUCACUGCAGUACUGAAUUUAUUCUUUUUUUCUACGUAUAGUCCACAAUGAAGAGACAGACGAUCUUUUGCACGAGGUAUCUUCAAACAAUUCAACUGCAUUGCGACAACCGUCCCAUACGAGUAAGUAAAUGGCUCAUUACUUGAUGUCGCACACGCGUAAAAUGUAGUAAAUUACGUAUAUUAACAGUCGAUUGUACAAUAUACAGUCCCUGUGAAUUACGGCAAUUGACAGCUCCUUUAGGUGGGACACACACACGCAUGCAACUUACGUUUUUUCAUCACAGCCACUUCCAUUUAGCUUGUAGCAGGCAAUAGUCUAAUCUGCAGUCCUGGUGGAAACAGGCAGCAUGAUGGGGUAUGUUCCCUACCCCUUCACCAGUAUCCCUAGAAACGUUAAGAUGUGUAAGUUAUUUCCUUGAAGAGGACAUAUCAUUCCUUUCGCGCUUUCAGUGCAUGCUUGACAGCAUACGUUAAUUGUUCAUUGUUUGCUUGCUUGCUAGAUGUUGAAGACACAACUCAGGUUUCGGAGAGAAGCCUAUCGCAGAGGGGGUCUGCAUAUCGAUUGCAAGAUAAAGACAUGUCGCCAGAAUUGAAAGCAGAGGUAAAAAAUUUGAUCGAGUUUUACCGAAAACCAUUAAAUCCAAAUCGUGAUGGCAUGCCAUUAGCAACUUCAACGAUUGAAAAGAUGGACGAACGAUGCCGCUGUUUUCUUUAUUACGUUCGUUAUGUGCACAAAUCGGAGAAGCAGCUAACGCUUCGCUUGUGCAACGAUACAGAUUUAGUUCUACAGUACAUCACCUUCUUAAAGGACAAUCGGAAGUUAAAACCUUCCACGUUAAGUAGAAUAAUAAGUGUCCUUAUUAGCAUUGUAAAAUUUAAUUAUGGUAAAACAAGUGUCGAUCACAGUACUUUGCCAGAGAUAAUCUUUCUACGGCGCUUACAGAGUCAACUGGAGCGAGAGAACCGACUCUUGUCUCAUAAACGUAAAGAAGGUAUGUCGAAACAAGCGCGCACGUUUUACCACGCGAACAUCUUGGACGCACUAAAAAGCUUGCGUUGCAAGUUCGAAGAAUGUUCAGGCCCUCAACAGGUUAGACACCUGCAUGAUUUUUUGAUAAUUUCUUUAUUCGUGACCGUUAUGCCUGGCAGAUCAAAAGAAUUACGAACCUUACAAAUACAUGACGAAGGGCGGCAGGGUGAGUUCGAUAAGCAAUCUGCAUACGGAAAGAACGUUAUUAAUUUCGCCGUGAACGGUUCUAUCACUAUGUUUCAAACUGACUACAAGACUGCAGAUAAGUACGGAGCGGCCACUUCAACAAUCGAUAGCGAUGAAAUGCUUGCGUAUUACUUGAAAUUGUAUUUAAAGAAACGAAUUUCGUUGCUUGUAGGAAAGAGUCACAACUACUUUUUCGUAUCCUACAGAGGGGAAGCAUUUUCGUCUAGCGGUCCGUUUUCAAAAUACGUUAGCGACAUUUUCCAACGCGAAGUUUCGAUUAGGGCCGGGACGACAGCAUUGCGACAUGCAAUUUUGACCUAUUUCAAUUCGCUUGACGAAUCAAAAGACGAAAGUUUGAGGGAGAGUUUGGCGACUUUAAUGAAACAUUCGGUACGCUAUCAAAAGACAAUUUACGACGACAGGUCCCAUGAAGAGCGAACAAAAUUAGGGCGAAAAUUUAUGCACGAGAAAAUUUCAAACGGUGUUUUUUCAGAGGAAGAGGAGUGUAUUUCGGGUGAGGCAAAAGUUUCGGAUGACGAAAGCAGCGUAGAAAUUCCCAUUCGUAUAAAUGACAUAUGUUGUCUGUUAGAUCCGAUUUCAACACCACAAGACAUUCGGAUUUUUGUAGCAAAAGUUGCGAGAUUUUCAGCGGACCGGACCGAGGUGUAUUUAAUGCAUUUGGAAAAACGACGCGAUUCAAACAACUUGUACGCGUUUCGGCCAGGAGACAUUUGGAAGGAAAGCUGUAAAUCAUUAGUAUAUCCUGUCGACAUUGUCUAUAAUUCAUCCGAAAACGCUUACGAACUACGAACGACAAAACAAGCUAUCUACAAAUCUGUCCGUGGCGACGGUCUUUAA